GUUUAACCAUCCAGUGUCGUACGACGAUGCAGCUUCUGUUUGACAAUCGAGUGUUGUUGCUAACGUAUUUAGACUGAAAAAGUAUGGCCGCUUGUCUUUCAGGGGCAAUAUUUCAGAUGCCGCCGAAUUAGGCUGGUCCAUUUCACACUGCAAAAUGGCCUCGGUGGAAGGUCUCCUGUCUCCAGAGUCCACUGUAACUUCACUUCUGGCUAGCUCCGGACAUCUGAGGAGCUCUUUGUACCCAGAACCAAUCCAUACUAUCAGAUAUGGAGACAGGGAGUAUGAAUCAGCCUCUGAUGCCCUAGAUGCAUACAUCUCAGAUUUCCAAAAGAGUAUGAGGGGUCCUGGACAGUUACAAAUACCCAAGGAGCUGAGGAAGCCUCGCCCGUUCCAGUCUAGAUUUAGAAACAGAGAUGUGCUGAAGGAGAGCUUAACUGAUAGGGAGUUGGAUUUUUUGAAUCUUCCUGUCAGCUCUCAGCGGAGAGACGUGGAUCGUUUCAGCACAACCACAGAUGAUCUGCGUCUGCCCCCGGAUGGCUCCCUACCCGUGACCCGCACAUCAGCCUUUCUUUCCCAGCCAAGAAGCUACUCUUUGGGUCACGGUGCCCACUCAAACUCCCGGUCCUUCACACAUCCAAAACCUACCCAGCACCACUCCCUCCCUCUCAGGGCACCACAGAGACGAAUGGACUCAAGGACAGGGAAAGGGCUCUGUCUGGAUGACCUUUUGACAGGCAACGUGAGACACCAGCGUAGUGGUCUCCCUUUGAACUCCCGUCUCUCCACUCAGAUGAAUCCACCAGACACUCCUCCAAGCCACCACCUUCCAAGGUGGAUGACCAGUCAGAAAUCUGAGAUGGAUUUCUCUGGGGUGACCAGUGUUCCUGAACUGCAGUAUCCUGCCUGGCUAAAUGAAUGCGAUGUUCCUAUUGGUGUCUCUCACAGCAGACCCUCUGAAUGUCCUAGAGUGCCCUCCUGGAUUGGAGACCUAGAAGAGUCUCGUGAGGAGAUACAGCCGGACCCACAAAGUCAUGUGAAGUUUACAUGUGAAACAGGGAAGCGGAACAGGAGUCAGGUACCGCUAUGGGAAACACGGGGGCGAAACGCUCUGAGAGAACUGAGACUAAAGUUUGCGGAGCAGCUGUCAGCAGCAGAGUGUGUACAUAACCCGGACAAUGGGAAGCCUUUUAGAGAUGAUAAGAUUGAGUCUUUGAUCCUGCGAGCAGAGCAGGUCCUCAGCUCUCCAUCACUGGGCCUUAAGGAAACAGGAAAAGGUUGUGACAGUCCAGGAGACACAGAGGAUGUACUAGAUGCUGACCGUUCAUGGGACAACCCACCAGUCGCAUUUAAAUCUCCAGUGCCAGUAGGGGGCACUGAAGACCCAGUCAAUGCCAAAGAACUCCAGAACGACAUCAAUGAAAAGUCCAUAGACUUCUGUUCGUCGGGUUACAGCAGUCGGAAACACCCGGGUCCUGUGGAGGCCCUUAAACACAUGUUGUUUAGCCUACAGGCUGUAGAGCAACGAGUGACUCAGCAGAACGAUCCAGAGCCUCAGGGUAUGGCCAGCGUUAUCAUACAAAAUCCACCCACACAGGCCCAUAACAGAGAGGCAGAUAACAGACAUACAGUUGUUCAGCCAGACAUUGAGGACUAUGACACAGCACCCGGUGGACAGUCAUUACAAAGGGCACUCCAUCAUCUGGGAAGACUAAAAACCAUAGUUGAUGACAUGAAUGAGAAGAAGGAAAAGGAACUUCAGGAAGGAAGAAGCUUAGAGCAAAUCUAACGCUGUUGCGUUAUGAAAGUGCCAAACAUAGAAACUCUUUCAAAGUAUGUUCACUUUUUGCAGUGACAACAUAGCUUAUCCCUGUCUGGCUUUCUGAUUGGUUUGCACUCACGCGUAGCAGUUGUUGCGUAUCAGUCACUGUUUUAGUCUAAACAGCAGGCACAGCAGAUUUUCGGCAAGUGGUCACGACAUUGUUUUGAACGAUUUAGGUUAUUUUUCACUGACAUCACAUCCUUCCUCUCAGCUGACCAACACUAAACACGUUUCCUCUCUGCUAAGUAUGAAAAGUCAGCCAGUGAAGGUAAAAGACGUUUUUACAGGGAAAUACUAGAUUGGAUAUGUAUGUGCAUAUGAAGGUAAUAUGUCAUAUUUAUUGAAAAAUGCAGUAAAAACGAUCUGAAACUAUAGUGUAGUGCUG